GUUGUUGAUAGUUGCUAUGUCCGUUGCUAAGUUAUGGCGCUGUCCAUUUGUGAAUAUUGCUUUUAAAAGGCCAAAAGAUUUUGUAAACAUAAAAGAUAUGCACGGCACAUUUUGUAUAUAGUUCUUUUUCAAAAAUGUUGCUAUCAAGAACAAAACCAGCUCAGGCCACUGGAAAUGCUGUGCCUUCAGAUGCUAAGAGCAGAUCGAAGGUACCAAGUUUAGAAGAAUUUAUUAAAAACAGAGAUUUCACUGGAGCACUUACUUUGCUAGAAUUUACUAGAAACAGUGGAAAAGGAGAUUUAAAGAAUGAUUUAUGGAUUGCAUAUUGUGCUUUUCAUUUAUCUGAUUAUAAAAGAGCUCUGGAAGAAUAUAAUCAAACUUUAAAGUCACCUGAUGUCCCUCCUGAAGUCUGGACUUAUUUGGGUUGUUGUUACUUUUAUCUAGGAAUGUAUAAAGAAGCAGAUGCUGCUGUAAACAAAGGUCCAAAAUCAGAGCUUCAAAAUCGACUUCAGUUUCAUCUUUCACACAAAUUUGGUGAUGAGAAAUUAUUAAUGGUUUACCAUCAGCAAUUGAAGGACAUUCUAGAAGACCAACUUUCUUUGGCUUCAAUUCAUUACUUAAGAUCCCACUAUCAAGAAGCUAUAGAUAUCUAUAAACAUAUACUCCUGGACAAUAGGGAAUCUAUAGCUUUGAAUGUUUACGUUGCUUUAUGUUAUUACAAACUGGACUAUUAUGAUGUGUCUCAGGAAGUUCUGGCUGUUUAUUUACAACAUUUUCCUGACAGUGCAACUGCUAUUAAUUUAAAAGCAUGUAAUCAUUUUCGAUUAUACAAUGGAAAAGCUGCCGAAGCUGAGCUAAAAAGCUUGCAAGAUAUGUCUACACCUUCUUUUACUUAUGCUAAAGAUUUAAUACGACACAAUUUGGUGGUUUUUCGAGGAGGUGAAGGGGCCUUGCAAGUUUUACCACCUCUUGUGGAUGUUUUCCCUGAAGCUAGAUUAAAUCUUGUUAUAUAUCAUUUGAAACAAGAUAAUGUUCAGGAAGCUUUUAAUUUAAUAAAAGAUUUAGAGCCUGCAGUCCCUCACGAAUAUAUAUUAAAAGGAGUUGUAAAUGCUGCUAAUGGGCAAGAGCAAGGAUCACGAGAAUAUCUAAAAGUUGCACAACAGUAUUUUCAGUUAGUUGGUGGUUCAGCAAGUGAAUGUGAUACGAUUCCUGGCAGACAGUGCAUGGCUUCAUGUUUCUUCUUGCUGAAGCAAUUUGAUGAUGUUUUACUUUAUCUUAAUUCAAUCAAAAGUUAUUUUUAUAAUGAUGAUACAUUCAACUUCAAUUUUGCACAAGCAAAAGCAGCUACUGGUAAUUUCAAGGAAGCUGAAGAGGUUUUCCUUCUCAUUCAAAAUGAAAAAAUUAAAAAUGAUUAUACUUACUUAAGUUGGUUGGCUCGUUGUUAUGUCAUGAACAAAAAGCCUCGACUAGCUUGGGAAUUAUAUUCGAAACUGGAACACUGCAAUGAAUCUUUUAGUUUACUUCAACAGAUUGCAAAUGAUUGUUACAAAAUGGGGCAAUUUUUUUAUGCAGCCAAAGCUUUUGAUAUUCUGGAAAGAUCAGACCCAAAUCCAGAAUUUUGGGAAGGAAAAAGAGGAGCAUGUGUUGGAGUUAUCCAAAUGAUAAUUGCUGGUCAUGAACCCAGUGAAUCUCUACAAGAGAUCUUUCAAAUCCUAAGAAGCACUACAAAUCCUCAAGCAGAAAAAAUACUCCGAGUUGCAAAAACAUGGGCCAAAGAAAGUAAAUUGCCUGUGUAAGCAAUUUAUUAAUCAAUAUGAAACACCAUAGUCAUCUUAAUUCCGUCCAAAGAAUACUUACUAUUUGAAAAUGAUUGUUAACAGUUAUAAGUUUAAUUGUUCAACUAGUCAAAUUCGCACUUUUAUAAUUGUUGUUUUCCCUUUCCAUUUCAAAAUGCUAGUCAAAUUUUAUUAUAGUUUGUUUGACAAAAUAAAAGCCAGAUUAUAUUUUUAUAUUUAAAAAAAUAUAUAUUUCCUGAAAUAGAAAUCUAAAAUCAUAUCUAGUCAUUUGUUGAAU